AUGUGCCUGAGCAACGCCAUGGCUCCACUAGUGCGGCUCGUGGACCCCAUGGGCAUUUUGCGAUUGAUGCGCCGCUUAAAAUGGGAGCGCACCAUGACCGAGGACGCGCCCCUCAGCGAGGCCGACGUCGAGAAGUACUACAGCUUCUACGAGCCGACUGCAAUCGAGCUGCCGGUGAUUUACGCCAAGGCGAUAUCGACGUUCUUCCUCGCAAUGAUCUACUCGCCGUUGGCCCCCGUGUCGGCCCCGGCACUCUGCUUGGCCGCCUUCGCCGCGCAG